UUCUGUUUUGGCAUAGCCAAUUUGUUCUCAUUCUCAAUUAACCAAUUGUCCCGGUUAAAUGACGUGGACGACAGAAGUGGCAGUGAUCCAAGUAGUUUGGGCUCAUCCAAUAUUGUUGCUAAUUCAUUUUUCCGAGCACUUCCAGUCGGCUGGCUAGUCUGCCCUCUCGGCCGCUCGACUGGCCUCGCCUGUCUCCUGCUUGGUCAGGCGACGAUUGGGCGGCUAUCCUCUAUCAAUACGCUAAGACGGGCAGUUCGUGGCUUUCGUCCGACAUCAGACGACAGCUUGGUAAGCCUCCAUUAA